CUAGACUAGACUAAACCCAGACCAAACCAAAUAUGACAUGCGGAACGGAACGCGUACUGAGCAACAUCGGAUUCCAUUCACUCUAACUAAUCCCACCUUGUUCAGAACCAUUCCUGCAGCUCCACGAGACGAACAGACGAAUAAUCCUAUGGAGAUCCUAGCCUAUCGUCAUGUCUUCACGCAACCCGACUCACGUGAAGAGCUCUUCAACCUCUGAUCGGCGCUCUACAGCUCACAAUCACGCGUCCUCGUCACGUCCCCGCAUGCCUUCAAUGUCUGCAGAAAACGAACAACAGCACAGUUCCACCUCCCAUUCGAGAAAGCAAUCUACAACAGUCGGUGGUGGUGAGAGGAGAACAGAGAGGCGAGAGGUUCGAGAGAGGGAGACUGAAAUACGCAGGACGCGCAGUCCAUUGAAACAUUCAUCGGAAUCUCGAGUCAAUGCCAGGUCACGCACAGAAAAAUCCACGCGGCAGGCGGACAGGGCCCCGGCGAGUACUGCGACCCGGAAACCACAAGAAGAACCCCAGGCACCAUGGGAACCCCAAGCACGCCUUAUUCCACACACGACGGCUCCGCUUGCCACGCGCAUAUCCAUUCCCCCACUUGCAUCGACCGCACCUAUCAACCUUCAGCCGGAAGCCCUGAGCCAACUUUCCCUCCAAGACCAGGAGACCGCAAUAAUUGAGGAUCUUCUGUUUGUUUUCAUGGGAUUUGAAGGACAGCACAUACGUUUCAGCGACUCAUAUAAUCCCCACGAUGAGAAAGAGCGACUCGUAGGCCCACAGUUCCGGAUCUUGCCUGGGCUUGAUCCCAGUUUGCGCGACCUUACCCACUCUAUGCUUAAGAUGGCUACACAUUACAUUGCAGUAGAAGCUUGCGUGGAGGUACUGAGCCGGGAAGAAUACGGCGCUGUCAACCAUGCACUAUGUGCGGCCGUCCGGCAGCUUCUCAAGGACUACCUUACCUUGAUGGCGCAACUAGAACAUCAAAUGCUGACCAACUCGUCGUUCACUCUGCAUGUGCUCAACCUACACACAAAGCAAACGGGUCACAUGCUCUUUCAGCUCUACAGCACAGGGUUGGAGCUUCUCAAGGCAAACGCUAUCCUAGAAGACGAAGAUUCCGAGGAUUCCGCUGACAAUAGCGACGAUUUAGAGAAUAUCCUAGAGUCCCUUCGUGAAGGUGGCAACGUGCAGCUUACUCAGAAGAAAAUUUGCAAAGGUGGAAGCGUUUUGGGAUUGAUAUCUAGGCGACUUUCCUCAAUGUCUGGUGACCCUGCCGCCCGGACUUUAUUGACCACUCUACUCCGAGAAGCGAGUAGGCCGUACAUGUCCAUGUUGAAUGAGUGGUUGCAUCAUGGAGGCAUUAAAGACCCCCAUGCAGAAUUCCUGAUCAAGGAGCAGCAAAGUAUCAAAAGGGAGAGGCUAGAUCAGGAUUAUACUGACGAAUAUUGGGAAAAGCGGUAUACGAUAAGAGAUGCACUCGUACCACCCCAGCUUGAAGGUGUCAAGGGAAAGGUGCUUCUUGCUGGCAAGUAUCUGAACGUCGUUCGCGAGUGCGGUGGUGUGGAUAUCAGCAAGGUAGCACAAGACGUUCCGACCAGUUUUGACGACCCACGAUUUCUGGACAACGUGAAUUCGGCAUACGCUUAUGCCAAUUCAUCGCUGUUCAAUCUCCUCCUUACAACACACGCACUGCCCGCGAGGCUACGGUCACUGAAGCACUACUUCUUCCUUGACCGGUCCGACUUCUUCUCUUACUUUCUUGAGCUUGGUGCAUCCGAAUUGAAGAAACCUGCUCGCAGUGUGAACACAGGAAAACUCCAGUCCCUUUUGGAUAUCGUCCUUCGACAACCCGGAUCGGUGGCUGCAGAGGAUCCAUAUAAGGAAGACGUCAAGGUGGAAAUCAACGAUACGGGGUUGACUAAUUGGCUCAUGAAGAUUGUCACUGUCACAGGCAUGGACCAGGAAGCAGCCAAUUCCGGAACGCUUUCGAAUUACCUCACGCCGGCGACCACGGCUCCUGUUACAGAUGACAGCAAUAUUAUCGGUUUCCAGGCGCUUGUUUUCGACUAUGCCAUGCCAUUCCCGCUCUCGUUGGUAGUCAGCAGAGUGACUCUUACACGAUAUCAACUAUUAUUCCGGUAUCUGCUCAGCUUGCGCCAUCUGGAGACAAGCCUCGUUGACUGUUGGGGAGAACAAGGAAAAGGUGCGUGGAAACACCGAUCAAAGAAUCCCCGAAUCGAGCUCUGGAAGCGCAAGGCCUGGACAUUACGCGCGCGGAUGUUAUGCUUCGUCCAGCAAUUGCUGUACUAUUGCACUGCCGAGGUCAUCGAGCCAAACUGGGUCUCGUUGAUGUCCAGACUGAACGAAGAAGGCAAAGACGAUUCCAAGGGAAAGGGUCGGCCAGGGAGUCAUGGAGAAGCACCACAGGUUACACGGACUGUGGAUGAAUUGAUGCAAGACCAUGUUGACUUCUUGGCGACCUGCCUGAAGGAGUGCAUGCUCACGAAUUCCAAGUUACUGCGAAUCAAUAAUAAGAUCAUGUCCACGUGCAAUAUGUUUGCAACAUUCACCCAAUCCCUAUCCCGUUAUCUCAUAACGGGUGAUCCGGAUCUCUGCGCGCAGGUGAACGCUGCACACGCAAACCAGGCCCAAUCAUCGAAUCAGCCUAGCAAGGGGCCUUCGGGGGCCUCGCACCGUCAUUCGAAGUCUGGGACUCAGUCGUUCGUCUACGAUCCUCAGCGCGUGGAUAAGAUGUUCGACAUGUUGACAAAAUACGAGGACAACUUUGCUCGGCAUUUGAAGAUACUAUUGGAUACUCUGAACUAUCUUGCAGCCACCGAGACAGUCGUAUUCCUGAACCUCUGUGCUAGGCUGAGCAGUGCAGGAGAAGGCGGAAUAAUUGUGAGCACUCCCGAGGGCGUCUUUGGUGCCUGAGGAAUUCCGUACCCAUUUCUUGAUCGUUUUCAGUAUUGCGGUAUGAGCAGGGCAACAAUGGAGGAGCAUUUUCCAGGAGUUUAGUAUGGGACUGUCACGUGGAUUCCGAGACCACCUGUUUGAUACCACUUGUAUGAUGUAUUCAAUGAUAUACGAUCACCUAGAGACCUCAGCCAUGGGGAAAAUGAAAUAGCACAAUGUCAACCAAAUAUUGCCUA